AUGGAGGAGGUCGAGGCAACUCUGUUGUCACAUGAGAAGAGAAGAAAGGUUGAAGAUUGCCAGAGUUCCGUCUUUGCUGCUCAAGGUCGGAAUAAAAAGGAAGACAAACCGUCAAGGAAUUUAGUUGCCCCAAUAGGUCUAAAUCCAGAGAUGGUAGAAAGGACAAGCAGUGCUACAAGUGUAAGGAAUGGGGCCACAUAA